AUGGAUUUAGAACCAAUCCAUAGCACAGAGGCCACAAGCUCAAGGAUUUCGACAACCCAACUACCAGAACAAGACACAUCACUACCCACGAAUCCAGACACCAGAACCCUGCGCUCAAGUACUCGCUCUCAGGCCGCCAAACAGAAAGCAAGCGCCAAGGGAAAGGGAAAGGAGCGGGCAUCGACUUUGGCAGAACAAGAACAACCCACCACCGUCUCCGACGACACCCCAGUCUCCCGCAACACCCGCGCAGCCACUUCGUCAGCAAAAGGGAAGCGAACCAAAGAUUCAUCUGCAGCAAAAGGCAAAGCAAAGGAAAUUCAAUCCGAAGACGCUCCACGUAGCAGUGCCAAAAGGCCUCGUCGAAACAUCGCCUCUUCUUCAGCGGCCUUGACAAUCAACGAACCCUCAACAUCUACCAAAGGAAAGAAACGCGCAACCCAGGAAGCUGACAACGACGACAUCGCUGAGCCCUCAACUAAACGCCCGAAGACGACCGCACACUCAAGACGAUCGGGACCACCAGCUACACAUACCGAUAUGGCUCCACGAAAGACCAGAGCAUCGACAAGCGCUCGGAACAAGGCAGCAUUGAAGUCGAAGAUCGCGGCAGCCAGCUCUUCUCGCCUCGAAAACGAAGACGUAGAGAUGCUGGAUGCCGAUUACCAAAUGCAGGAGGAUUCGGACGUCGAGGAACCCGGCCUUGAUUUGGACGAGGCCAAAGGGGAAGGCGCGAAAGAUGAGGAUAAGCGGGAUGCGAACGAGUGUCAUGAUGACGACGGGCUCGAUAACGAGGAUAGUGACGAUGGGGACGAGGACGGUCCUCACAAUACGGGAUUAGGCACUUCCAGUGGCGGCCCUCCUCAGCCCAGUCAUUCCGGAUUUGCGGGCCUCGACGAAACCGCUGCCAUGGCGCUUUUCGGUGAUUAUCGCCAGUUUGGAUCCUACAUGGUUUCAUUAUCAUCGCGACUCAAGAACAUGCUCAACAACAUCAAGCCCACCGCCGAUCCGACUACUAGACUGCUUACGCUUCAAGAACUAAGCGAAUUACUCAGCAUCAGCACAGAAGAGACCUUAGCUGGAUCGUUCCCCGUGGAUUCGUUCGUUCGAGAGCUUGUCAAGAUCCUUGGAGGAAAGGGGGCAGACGAAGAUGACGAUGGUGACGAUGACGAAGAUGUUGAGCAAGAUGAAGAUGCUGCACUCGCUGCUGCAUUGGCUAUGAGCGGAGGCAACCAAUACCAGGGGGACGAGAAUCCAGAGGCGCAAGUCUUGGCUUGCCGGUGCCUUGCUAACCUCAUGGAAGCCCUCCCUGGUGUCGCACAUACCGUCGUGUACCACGGCGCUGUCCCUGUCCUGUGCAGCAAACUGAUUGAGAUUUCGUAUAUCGAUCUUGCAGAGCAAACUCUCAGCACUAUGGAGAAGAUUUCAGAGGAGUUCCCCAGUGCCAUCGUGAGAGAGGGAGGCCUUGCAGCACUCCUCAAUUAUCUCGAUUUCUUCUCGAUCGCUGUGCAGCGGACCGCUCUGCAGGCUGCAGCCAAUUGCUGUCGUAGUGUCUCCGCCGAGCACUUCACCAUGAUUCGAGAAGUGUGGCCUAUCAUUCGCAACUGCCUCUCCUACUCGGACCAACGUCUAGUAGAAUUUGCUUGUCUGUGCGUUAUCCGGGUCAUCGAUUCAUAUCAUCGCUCCUCCGUCGACAACCUUGAAGCGUUGGUGGAUGCACCACUUAUCAAGGCAGUCAACCACCUCCUGCUUCCAGCUGGCGGCUCCCCUAUCAUCGCCUCGAACACCUUCACCCUCCUUCUCAGAGCCCUCGCUACCUCGGCACGGGCCAGUCCCAAGAUCACUGUCGCUCUUCUCGAAGCCGAUAUCGUCGAUACCCUAUACCAAAUCCUGACUGGUGUCCUACCCUCGGCAGUCACCAAUGGCAGCGAACAGGGAGAUGGAGUCGGUGGGCAAGGCCUGGGUGGGGGCUUGGCGGACAUGACAGUGAUGGAGAAUCUUGCGCACAGACCCAAGGAUCAAGUUGAGGAGGCUUUGAGCCUGAUCUCGGAACUUCUUCCGCCACUUCCCAAAGAUGGCGUCUUCGACCACAAAGCAUACACGGAGAAGUCGCUGGCUCGUAUGGUCAAGGCCAAGGCCAAGGCUGAACGAGCAGCUGCUCGCCAGGCUACUCAAGCGGCCUCGACGACUUCAAGCACGCCAGAACCCAACGCUAUGGCCGUGGACAACGCGCCGUCACCUGGACCUGCCUCGACAGCUGGAGAUGCGACACCACAAGAAGCUGACGAAGCGGCUUCCACACCUCCCCAGCCGGCGCUCAGCAGGACGGAAAUUCUUCGUUCCAAGUCCGCAGUCGUUGACCGCUUCAUGCAACUUCUGAUUCCCAUCCUUGUCGAUGUCUACGCCGCCAGUGUCGCCACCGCGGUUAGGGUAAAAACGUUGAACGGGCUUCUCAAGGCAGUUAGCUUUUUGGACGGGGAAGGUAUCAAGACAGUCUUGAAGUUCGUUCCAAUAGCCACCUUCGCUUCGUCAAUCCUAUCCUCUAGGGACCAUCCUUCAUUCGUCAUCGCGGCGUUGCAAUUGGUCGAGCUUCUCUUGUCUAAAGCCCCCGCGUUCUACCGGCCCGCGUUCCGCCGAGAAGGUGUUUUCCAUGAAGUGGAAAGCUUGGCGGAGAGACAACUCAUCGUUUCCAAGUCCAAGGAAAAGGAGAAAGACAAGGAGAAGGAUCGCGAAGGCGAACCAUCCACCGAACCGCCCAAUCCUUUGUCCUCAUCCUCUCUUCAUGGCUUGAAGAAACUCUCGUCCCUAUCACUAGACCCUGAGGAUGCAAUCACGCUUAGAGCCCGGGUACUCAAGUUCAAGCACAUGAGCGAAGAGCAAAAUCACUCGGAAGAGGACUCGUUCGAUCGACUGCGCACCUUAGUGGACAGGUUUUCUUCGCCAACUGCAUCGGAGGAUGAAUUGUCAGAGGCACUCUGGGAGCUUGCCCAAUUGUUCUCAUCGCCUCAUUCUCCAAUCUCGAGCUUCGAGUUGCUCCAGAGCGGUAUUGUGGAUGGUUUGCUUCGGCUAGCAACUGACGAAGGUCGAAUGGUGGGCAUCAAGAAACGAAAGGAGCUGCUUCUGGACGCUUUCACCGGAAAGAAGUCGAAAGCCCUACCCAACACGCAAAAUCCCUUUGCCACCUUGGUUAAGAAGUUGCAGGAGAGUUUGACGAGGAUGGAAUCCUUCGAGGUUAUCACCGUUUCACAAAACAUUGAUGAAUCGAAGCGUAGUUCACCUUCGCUCCUCGCACGACAACUUCGUCUCAGGCUUGUGGCUGAUACCGACGGCGAUGUUCCUCGUACUUUGAACAACAUUGUUGUCUCAAUCCACGCCAUCGCAACGUUCCAAGCUCUGCACGACUACCUCCGCCCUCGGGUAGCUGGCCUCCUUGGCGGCAGUUCGCGCCUGUCCAGUAUGUUCGCUGCUCUGGCUGCGUCCGGUUAUCCUACGCCCUUCUCUCGAGGACCUGAAGCCUCCACAUCGAGCGCAGGAGCCGCGGCAUCUAGCUCUACGCAGGAACAGUCGACCUCGACAGUAACUCGACGACGCAGUCAACGACUCAGCGCGAAGAACAACACCGAGUCUACUGCAGAGACGAAUGCACCUUCUACCUCAGCAGCGGCCACAGAGGAGGCACCCCCUUCGACGGGUGCUGCACUUCCUCCUCCAAGCGCAGUGGAAUCAGCGCACAGCGACCCUAUGCUUGACCCCGACUUCCACGACGAUUUCUCCGAUGACGACGUUGACGCAGAGGUUUAUGAUGACGAUGUCGACGACCCGGAUAAUUCUGUGGCUGACAAGACGAUUACACUCAACAUCAACGAAGAUGGCUCCAAGGUUGAAGCACAGACUCCUGAUGGUACCCGUGUUGCAACACCGUCUGGAUCAUCCAAGGACGCCGGCUCUGCAUCUUCCUCCAAGGCUGCCUCGGGUUCCCGCGGGUCUUAUGCUGCUGCUCUGAAAUCGAAACCGACAGACUGGCAUCUUCAGUUCUCGAUGGAUGACCAAGUUCUGCCACUCGAUCUCACUAUAUACGGGGCAAUCCAUCAGCAUGAGAUGCGAAAAAAGACGGGCGCUCUUCCGUUGCACAUGAUCUGGCAGAGCAUCUAUACCAUCAAGUUCAAGAAGGUCCCUGGGCCUCCACCGACACCGGAAUCUCGCUCAGAUCAUUCUGAUGUUGGUCAAAAGCGGAGUCCCAGUCCUAGCCUUUCAUCACUCCCUGAGGAUGCAGCACCAACCAAGAUUCUGCGCCUGUUGCGUGUCCUCAGCCAGCUCAACACCUUGGAGGCAGAACGCUCGGGCCAUGAUGCUGACAAGAGGACAUUGGCAGAUUCGGCUUUCGUGAACAACAAGCUCUCCGCCAAGCUAACAAGGCAACUGGAGGAACCCAUGAUUGUCGCCAGCUCUUGUUUGCCAGACUGGGCCGUCGACCUCCCACAGCACUUCCCCUUCUUGUUCCCAUUCGCCACCCGCUACAACUUCCUCCAAUCCACCUCAUUUGGAUAUGCCCGCUUGAUCCUGAAGUGGCAAAGCCAACAAAACCGCGGUGGAUCCGAUAGUUCGAGAAGAGAUGAAGGCAUUGGGUUCCUCGGACGUCUUCAACGCCAGAAGGUUCGAAUUUCUCGCAAGCACAUCUUGGAAUCGGCCGUCAAGGUGUUCGAAUUGUACGGAUCGUCGUCGUCUGUUUUGGAGGUGGAAUAUUUCGAGGAGGUCGGGACAGGUUUGGGACCAACGCUGGAGUUCUACUCGCUCGUCUCGAAGGAGUUCGCACGCAAGGAUCUGAAGAUUUGGAGAGAUAACGAUGCUUCGGGGCCAGGUUCAUAUGUUUCGCAUCCUCAUGGAUUGUACCCCGCACCGAUUAGCCGAGAAGAUAUCAUCAGCGAUGGUGGACAAAAGCGAACUCAUAUCCUGAGGGUCAUCGGGCAAUUUGUUGCCAAGGCCAUGUUGGAUUCUCGAAUCAUUGAUCUCUCCUUCAGCAAGGUGUUCCUCAAAAUUGUGCUCGGUGAAGAAGUGCCUAUCACCAUCGCCUCACUCAAGCUCGUGGAUCCUUCCCUUGCAAAAUCGCUGAGCCAACUCCAAGCCAUCGCAUCGGAGCCAACGGAACCUCCAACAGAUCCACUACAGAGGAAGAUUGCUGAAAUUGAGAAGGUUAACAUUGAGGACCUUGCUCUUGACUUCACUAUCCCAGGUUACGACAUCGAGCUGAGGCCCGGAGGGCGAGACAUUCCGGUGACAUCUGCCAACGUCUACGAUUACAUCGACGAAGUGUUGGAUGCAAUCUUGGGCAAGGGAAUCCAGGUUCAAGCGAAGGCAUUUAGGGAAGGAUUCUCCAAGGUGUUCCCCAUCGACGACUUGCGUGCUUUCACUGCCGACGAACUCGUGAUGCUCUUCGGGAACACUGAGGAAGACUGGUGCAUCGAGACGCUUUCCGAGUCCAUCAAAGCUGAUCAUGGCUUCAACGUGGACAGUCGAUCCAUUCGAUACUUGUUGGAGAUCAUGGCGGAAUUCGAUGUUCCAACAAGGAGAGCUUACUUGCAAUUCAUCACUGGGAGUCCCAAACUUCCAAUUGGAGGUUUCAAGGGUCUAAAUCCUCCGUUGACCGUCGUUCGCAAACCACACGAAGCGCCUCUGACCGCCGACGACUACCUGCCGAGCGUCAUGACCUGCGUGAACUACCUCAAGCUGCCCGAGUACAGCUCCAAAGAAGUGAUGAGAGAGAAGUUGUGUAUCGCCAUUCAAGAGGGUGUUGGAAGUUUCCACUUGUCAUAA